AAAACCUGCAGGAAAUGGGGCCGCGAGUGCCUCUAUGACGACUAGAAUGAACAAUGCUGUUGAACCAGACCUCGUUCAUACAGUGGACUCUUUUCAAGGAUCAGAGGCUGCCAUCGUUUUGCUGUCCUUCGUUCGCUCUAGUCAAUACCACGGCUUUCUGAACGAGUUUCGACGACUCAACGUCGCUUUGAGCAGAGCACAACACCAGCUGAUCAUAUUCGCGAAUGUUGGUGGAUUGCUAUCUUCGCGCCAUAGUUCAAGCUCAACGAACCAGCAACACAAACAGGACAAUGAAGUUUCUGCUUUACUGCGAGAUGCUAAAGAGCGAGGAUGUGUGGUCGAUUCACAGCAAGUUUUGGACUUUUUGGAAGGAAGGAGUGGGGGUGAGGACUUGCUGAUAAAUCCACGUGCUGCUACUUUUUCUUCGAGUUCUGUUGACAUUAGUGAGGCCCCCGAGCAAGGUAAGAUGAAAGCAACAGUAUCUUUGCCACUGGCGGCGAAGACUGAUAAAGUUCUCGCACCACCACCACCUCCGAAAAAGCAGAAUAUAGCAGUGCCGCCACUUGCUGCAUCGGGGAGCAAAUCAAGCACUUCUUCUGCUUCUUGGAGACUCGAAGACACUGCGACAUCAAAGGCUGCUGGCAUGCUGGUGACGGCAGAUCAGAUGGCUAGAUUGACCAAGGCAAGCAGUAAAGUCGGGUUGAAAAAUGUAAGGAAGUUACCAAAAGGAACCCAAAAUGAUGCAGCUGAUGGCAACAUUGAUUCCGAUGCUAAAGUCCCUUUACGACCGCCGGUUGAGGUUGUUGCGGCUCCAUCAUCGUCCAACCGUAAAAAUACUGUUGUUCUUGUGAAUGAUCAUUCUGUUUCUGCACGCGUUCGUCCGAAGCACAAAGAAGGAGGUGACUGGAACGAUAUUGACAUCGGCGAAGGAGAGCACGAGGAACAGGAACAUCAGAUCUCAGGAUCCGUCACAUCUCGUAGUUCCCGUAGCUCCUCUUUGGUAUCGUCCCUAAGAAGUGGCACCAAUAGGACUCGCAUGACCCAACGUGCGCGAAGACAGCAAAGACGGAAAGACUUAUUUGAAAGAAGUCGGCAGAACCGGAAGGAGCGAGAGCAGCAGGCGAUAUUGAAGAGGACAACAUCUAGUCGUGUACCUGCUGAGGAACCUCCUAGUGCAAGUAGCAGCUCUAAUGGUUCUUCCUCGAAUAAACUUCCACGAGCUGCAAGGGAGAAACGAGCACGUCAAAAACGUAAACUGCGUCAACGUGAUGAGCGUGCGAAGGAAGCAAAAAGCUUGGAAAGCCGGGUGAUUCAAUUAGGGGGAGUCACUACAAAAAAGGCUAAAAGCUAGAGAUGAGUGAGUGUGUAUCAGAUUGUCGUUUGUCAUGUGGAUCCACUAUAAGUUCUUUAUGUUCAACAUCUAGUUGUUCUUGAUUUAGUUGAUGUUAAAUGUCUUCACACUUGAAGUUUUGGACGAUUUACUCGGAAUUAUGUUGCACGGCCCUGCUCUUCUCAGACGUAUUCCCUCGCUUACGACCUAUCACGAAGCGCAGAACGCGAGCACCCGCUUUAUCCCCAUACUCACAAAAAUUGCGAUAUCGAUUACCCUUGUGCCAAGCAAUCGCAAUGUUAAAAUCUUUUCACCGUUUCGAUCCCCGAAUGACCGAUCACGACUAGUCAAAAUCCA